CUACUCUGUACUACUUGGGUACCAACACACACUAUUAUCUUUCUGAUGGCACUUUGGCAUUUUCUCCUCCUGGUUUUCAUCUCUUUAUCAAGAGGUGAUGCUAGGGUUAUUACCUUGAAAAACAGAUGCAACACCACUAUAUGGCCUGGAUUUCGAGCCACAACAUUUGUGUCGAGCCAUUCUGAAGAAUGGGCCGGUGGUUUCGAGCUAAAACCUGGAGCAUCAGCAAAUCUUCAAACACCAGUUAUAUGGAUAGGCUAUAUCUGGGCUCGUUAUGGUUGCUCAUUUAAUCCCUCCGGCCACGGAUUUUGCUUCUCCGGUGACUGUGGUGGCGAACUCGCAUGUAGCAAGGAAAACUCACCAGUAGAACCAGCCACAUUUGCAAGACUUAACAUGAAUGAUAUAACUGGAGAUGAUACAUAUAAACUUGACGUCAUUAAUGGGUUCAACUUGCCAAUUUCUAUAGUGCCAAAUGGCCCUGAUUCAAGUCUAUGUGAAACUAUAGAAUGUGUUCCACAAGACUUGAGCAAUACUUGCCCUAGGGAGCUUCAAGUGAGAAACGAGGGACACAUUGUGGCUUGUAGAAGUGGUUGCCUUGCAUUCCAUAAGCCUGAACUUUGUUGCAUUGGUGAAUAUGCCAAUAAGCGGGUUUGUAAUCACACAAAAUACUCCAUCGCCUUCAAGAAUACUUGUCCCAUAGCUGAUACUCAUCCUAAUGAAAGAUUUGUUUACACUGUAUGCGAUACGUCGCCUAAUUACUUGAUUAUUUUCUGUUGAAAAUUUCAUGUUAAUGAUAUUUUCAUAUGGAAAUUACUCGUAUAUGAAUUAGGAUGAAUAAAAAGUAUGCGGCGUGUAUGCACCUUUGCUCCAGGCAUGGAGCCCCUUGGAAAACAAACCUGUUAGUGCUUUGGAGUUGGGAGUGGCUUCUAAUAAGCCU